GAGCGGGAGCGGAACGGGAGCGGAGCGGGAGCGGAGCGGCGAUGGAGCGGCGGAACGCGCUGGGGCUGGCGGCUCUGAGCGCCUUGGGCCGGCGGCUGCUCUGGGCGCUGCCCGCUUACGCCGCGGGGCUGCUGGGGCUGGGCGCGGGCGCUGUGGUGCUGGCGGUCGCGCUCUACGCGGGCUGGCGGCGGCGGCGGCGCGCCCGGGAGCGCGGGAUGCGCGCGGCCGAGCGGCUGCACCGAGACGAGGAGGCGGCCGUGCGCGCCGCCGCCGCGGGGCUGGGCGCGGCCCACGGGGAGCUGCCGGCCUGGGUCAGCUUCCCGGAUGUGGAGCGGGCGGAAUGGCUGAACAAGCUCCUGGCGCAGGCCUGGCCGUUUUUCGGGCAGCUGAUGGAGAAGCUGCUGCGGGACUCGGUGGCUCCGUCCGUGCGCGCCUGCAGCCCCCACCUGCAGAGCUUCGCCUUCACCCGCGUGGACAUGGGCCACAAGCCCCUGCGUGUCCUGGGGGUCCGCGCCCACCCUGGGACCCACGAGAGGCAAAUCCUGCUGGACCUGAACAUCAGUUAUGUGGGUGACGUCCAGAUCGACGUGGAGGUGAAAAAAUUCUUCUGCAAGGCCGGAGUGAAGGGGAUGCAGCUGCACGGGACCCUCCGGGUGAUCCUGGAGCCGCUGCUGGGGGAGGCGCCCCUGGUGGGGGCUCUGAGCCUGUUCUUCAUCCGCCGCCCCACCCUGGACAUCAACUGGACAGGAAUGACCAACCUGCUGGACAUCCCCGGCCUCAGCUCCAUGUCGGACUCGGUGAUCAUGGAGAGCCUCUCGAACCUGCUGGUGCUGCCCAACCGGCUGCUGCUGCCGCUGGUGCCCGACCUGCCCGGGGCGGCCGAGCUGCGCUGCCCCCUGCCCCGGGGCGUGGUCCGGGUGCACCUGCGCGCCGCGCGGAACCUUCGGUGCAAGGAUCGGUUCCUGGGGGGGCUCCUGGAGGGGCGCUCCGACCCCUACGCCGUGCUCAGGGUGGGGACCCAGGUGGGCACGAGUGACGUCAUCAACGACACCAGCGACCCCCGCUGGGAGCAGGUGUUCGAGUUCAUGGUGCACGAGGUGCCGGGCCAGGAGCUGGAGGUGGAGCUGCUGGACAAGGACCCCGACAAGGACGAUCUGCUGGGCAGGAUGAAGCUGGACCUGGGGGAGGUGCUGAGGGCGCGGGUGAUGGAGGAGUGGUUCCCGCUGCAGGAGGGGGGGCAGGGCCGGCUGCAGCUGCGGCUCGAGUGGCUCUCGCUGCUCCCGGACGCGUCCAGGCUGGAGCAGGUUUUGGAAAUGAACCAAAAAAUCGCGGCCAAGCCGGAGCCGCCCUCGGCCGCGCUGCUCGUGGUUUACCUGGACAGGGCCGAGGGGCUGCCCGUGAAGAAACCAGGGAAGGAGCCCAACCCCGUGGUUCAGGUGUCGGUGCAGGACGUGACGCGGGAGAGCAAGGUGGUCUGCAGCUCCUCAGCCCCCGUUUGGGAGGACGCUUUCCGCUUCUUCCUGCACGACCCCCGGAACCAGGACGUGGAUUUCCAGGUGAAGGACGACCCCCGCCAGGCGCCGCUGGGCUCGCUGUCGCUGCCGCUGUCGCGAUUGUUGCUGUCGCCGGACCUGUCGCUGGCCGCGCCCUUCGCGCUGCAGGGCUCGGGGCCGGGGGCGCGGCUGCACCUGCGGCUGGUGCUGCGGGUGCUGUUCCUGGACCCCCCCGAACCCGGCGCCGCCCCCCCGGCCCCAGCGGAGCCCCCCCAGGGCAGCAGCGAGGGACCCCCCCCAAAACCCAGCAGGGCCAACCCCGGCCCCCGCUUCGGGACCGAGCGCGUGCUCCGCAUCCAGCUGCUGGCGGCGCAGGAUCUGGUGGCCAAGGACCAGCGGCUCGCGGGGCUCGUGCGCGGCCGCUCCGACCCCUACGCCAAAAUCCGGGCGGGGCCGAAACGGUUCCGCAGCCGCGUGUGCAACCGGGAGCUGAACCCGCGCUGGAACGAGACCUACGAGGCGAUCGUGGACGACGUCCCGGGGCAGGACGUGGAGUUCGAGAUCUUCGACAAGGACAUCGACAAGGACGAUUUCCUGGGCCGGUGCAAGGUGCCCCUGAGGAGGGUCCUGAGCAGCCGCGUGGUGGAUGAGUGGCUGCCCCUGGAGCAGACGCGCUCGGGGCGGCUCCACGUGCGCCUGGAGAGCCUCGAGCCACGGCCCAGCCCCGCCCUGCUGGAGCAGGUGCUGCACUCCAACGCUCUCCUGCGCCCGGCGCUCGGGGAGCCGCUCGCGGCCGCGCUGCUCUGCGUGUUCCUGGACCGCGCCACCGGCCUGCCGCUCCGCAGGGGCUCCAAGGCGCCCUCGGCCUUCGUCACCCUGAGCGUGGGAGAGAACAGCCAGAGGAGCAGGACCUGCGCCCCCUCCCCGGAUCCCGUCUGGGACGAAGGUUUCUCCUUCCUGGUCCGGCAGCCGCGCUCCGAGUCCCUGCAGCUGCAGGUGCAGGACGAGGCCGGGCCGGCCCUGGGCUCCUUCCGCUUGCCCCUGGCCCAGCUGCUGGCCCGGGACGGGCUGAGCACGGACGGCUGGGUGCCCCUGGGAGGGGGCGCGGAGCUGCUGCUGCGGGCGCAGCUCGGGGUGCUGGUGCCGCAGAGCGCGGAGGGCGCGACCCCCGAGGGGGGGGAGGGGGAGCCGGAGCCCGAGCCGGAGGGGGAGGGGCAGGAGGAGGAGGCGGGGGCGCUGCGGCAGCGCCUCCCCCCGGCCGAGAGCCGCCCCCCGCCCCCGGCCGGGCCCCGCCUGCAGCUCUCGCUCUGGUACCACCGCGAGCAGCAGAAACUGGUGGCGAUCGUGCACGGCUGCAGGGAGCUGCGCCCCCCGCCCCGGGAGCUGCCGGACCCCUACGUGUCGCUGGCGCUGCUCCCCGAGCGCGGCCGCUCCAAGCGCAAAACGGGGGUGCAGCGGCGGACCCUGAACCCCGAGUUCAACGAGAGGUUCGAGUGGGAGCUGCCCCUGGAGGAGGCGGCGCGGCGGCGCCUGGAGGCGGCCGUGAAAUGCACCGUGAACUUCGUGACCCGCGAGAAGGGGGCGCUGGGCAAGCUGCAGCUGGACCUGGCGCAGGUGGAUCUGUCCGAGGGGGGGCCGCGCUGGUACGAGCUGCAGGAUGAGCGGAGCCUCCCCUAAAUUUGGGGACCCCCCCCAAGUCCCCACGGGGGGGGCUCGGGGGGGGGGCUCGGGACCCCCCCCCCCACUGCUGCCGCCCCCCCCCAUCACCAAAGAGGCGCCGGGCCCCUCCCCCCCCGCCCCCCCCCUCCUCGUGCCUUGCACCCCCAGAACGGGGGGACCCCCCAGAUCCGGGGGGCGCUUGUUGGAGCUGCUGCUGUCACCGCGGGGUGUCCCCAGGGUGCCACUGCCAGAGUGGUACCGGGAUGGCACCGGGUGUCACCGGGAUACCGGGAUGGCACCGGGAUGUCUCUGGGAUGUCACCGAGUGUCACCGGGAUGUCACCGGGGUGCCACCGCCAGGCCACUGCCAUGACGCCACCACCGCGAUGCCACUGCUGCCACCGGAUGUCACCAGAUGUCCCUGGGGUGUCACCGGGAUGUCACCGGUGUCACCGGGUGUCACCGGGUGUCACCGGGAUGUCCCUGGGAUGUCCCUGGGAUGUCACCGGGAUGUCACCGGGAUGUCACCGGAAUGUCCCUGGGAUGUCACCGGCUGUCACCGCGCCGCCACCGCCGCGCCCCCCCCUCGCUGCCUUGCCGGGGCUGCGUCCCCGUCCCCUCCCCCCGCGCUAAUAAAGGAGGGAGGACACGG